AUGGCAGAUGAGGAAAGAUCCACCACCACAUGCCUUCACAUCUCCGAUGGUUCAAACAAAUACUGCCCUCUCUCCUUCCUGGUUACGGGGAUUCCGCGAAACCGUUACUGGGGUUUCUCCAAAUGGACGAUGAGGGUUUGCCGGAUGAGCUUGCACAGAUAUAUGGAAAAGUCUGUUGAAAACGACAGUGGAAGUGCUCCAAGCUGCCUUUGGGCGUCGCACCUGACCGAAAUCCUUAGAAACCCUGGGCUUGACUUUACGGUGAAGCCCGCGCCAUCUGGUAUUGAGAAACCAAUAUCCUCUUUGAGUUCCGGUACACCCAUCCACGACAACUUCAAACCAGGCAAAUGGAUGCCAAUCAAUGGGGCCUCAGAACCGAAGACGAUGCUCAAUGGGGAGAACUCCUCGAACAGCCAAUCAAACGCCUACCAGUGGAACCUCCUCGACGCGCGGCAGAAUUACUCACUUCCCCAUCUGGACAUUGUGGAAGCGCGCGAGAUCCCAGAGCUUUUCGUCGAGUUCGUCAACGACACUAUGCGGUCGAGCUACCUUCCUGAACCGAGGAACAAGCCCUUGCCGUUGUGGCUUGUUUACAUGGACUGCCAGUUUGAAGGCGAAGUCAAUCUCAGUAGGAAGCCCGCGUGGAGAAAGGAAGCCCCAUCCCAUUACGACGUGUGGGUCUUCUCUCUUCCUUGUUCACUCCGAAUCUUCACUGAAACUCAACUCGAUUCUAGGGAUGCCAAUUUUGAAUCAACAUUCCAAGUGCCUGCCCAAUUUUGUAACGCGAAUGACGGAAACGUCCACGUGAUGAGAACAAAAAUUCGAACAGUAAUUGUGGCCACUCAAGCCACCAUGUCAGCGACUCAGGACAGCGCAGUUCUUUAUGCUAUAUACUCUGUACUCAGCUUUUGCUUGAGCAACCGUGUGAGGUUCACCCGUCCUAGGCUGCCUACCAAUCAAUCUCGCGAAAGCAAAGAAGACAUGAGGAGACAGUUGGAGCGGGAGCUGAGAGGCCUAUGGGUUGGGCCAAUGCCUGUUCAAGAAUUCAUGGAUGAUUUUUUACCCUCAAGUGACAUAAACCCAAUGCCUGAAGUGCCAACAGACCUCAUUCGAAGCUUGCCAUUGACGGGAGACAGGACGAUGCCGACCAAAAUGGCGGCGAUCAUCCAACACGCAGGACUGUUCCCCGGUCUGAAGGUCGUUGACACAUCGGAUCACCACGACAACAACGCGGACGACCACGAGAAACUUAGGCCUGACAUGUCUGUGUAUCUCAGCAAGGUCACCACUUCCAAAAACGUUGCUCAAUUUGAGGCCGAAGAGUUAAUGUUUGAACUCAAGCCUCCUUCAACACCGGCGCAUCCAUUCGAAGAUCCCAAACCUACCGCGAAUGCAGAACAGUUGGCAGAACACCCUUUCGAAACGAAUACGGACGCCGGAAUCUUUUGUCGAGGGCAGAUCGUGUCAUAUUUUACAGAGUGGUUCAGUCGCCAGCAUCGCACGCAUGGGUUUUUGGUCUACGUUGCGAACGACGGGAUGCGAUUUAUCAGGGCCGACCGUUCCGGGGCGAUUGUUUCCCGGUCAUUUGACUGGCGACAGGAACCUGAAAUUUUCGCAGAAUUUCUCUGGCGAUUCGCUCACCUCACACCUGAGCAACGUGGACGCGACACAACCGUGCGUCCUGCCACAACACGCGAAAAAGGUCUCGCCCAUCUUAAUCUACGGCCUUGGGAGUCCAAGAAGGAACGGCCCAUCAUCGUUCUCCGGGUACCUGAAGACGACCAAGGUGGAUACCGUGAGGUCAUUGCUUGGGGCGCGAUGGCCGACGCGGAUUCGCUGAUUGGUAGAGCAACGCGUGCUUGGCCGGUAUACGACCUCAAGCUCAAGAAGGUCGUCUUUCUGAAUGAUUCUUGGCGCUCCCUUGUGGUGGGAAUGGAGAAAGAAUCAGAGAUCCUAUCGGAUCUCAAUAACGCAGGCGUGCGCAACGUUCCGAAGCUCAUCUGCGGCGACGACAUUGACACUCACCUCACACUGACCCAAGAAUACAUAUCCAAGCCUUGGAACGCUGGAGGCACGGGGAUCACCUCUCGUGUUCAACAUCGCUUUCUCGAGGAUUUUGUUGGCAAACAUCUAUGCCACUUUACCUCAUCAAAACAACCGAUGCAAGCUGUUUAUGACGCAUUUAUCGCUCAUCAAGACGCAUAUGAAAAGUGCGGAGUGCUUCAUCGUGACGUGAGCGGAAACAACGUUAUGAUGAAGGAUGACGGGGGAGGAAUCCUCAAUGACUGGGAUCAAGCCAGAAGAGUUGCCGAUAUGGCCAGUGGUCCUCGACAACUGUUCCGUUCAGGAACUUGGCAUUUCAUGUCAGUUUUGCUUCUCGAAAAUCCGGAUAAACUCCAAGACCUACAAGACGAUAUUGAAUCCUUCGUCUACGUCGUUCUAUUCAAUGUCCUUCGAUAUGGGCGCGGAAAGAGGUCUUUACUCUUCGACUUGGGGGAACUUGGUCUCGAUUUUGCUGUCGUCGACAACACGCCCUUGCAACAUUGGCUUCUGUUCGCAUUCGGAGCCGCAGGAGAAUGGCUGUCGUACGCGUCACUUCGGACACGCAAGUACCUUCAGGCUCGAGGCAUGCGGCGGGCCAUUAGGCAGAAGUACAUUGGCAGUUCGAAGUUGAGUGUUGAUCAACCUCAGCCCGAUACUGCUGAUCCCCUUGACACUACCGAGCAUCUUCUUUUUCAUGACCAUCGCAUCCUAGAGGCUGCAUGGCGGUCCAUCCUUGACGAAGGGGACUGGCCUCAAGACGAUGGGCCUGUUGAUAACCUCUCGAUCUCGUCGCUCAUGAAACGUACACGCGACGACGACCUCUUUGAACUUGAAUUCGGAUCUCCUCUCAAGAAACACCGGGCAUUGUCCACCCCCUACGCGACUUCGGCACCAACUCCCGCACUGCAAAAUUUCCUCGAAUGGUUGUCCAUACUACACCUCAUAGAAGAGCUUCGCAAAUCCAGGGUACAAUGCGACUUUUUGGGUCAAAACGUGUCUCCGCCCAACCUGCCUUCGCAAGAUGUCAACAAUUCUCGACGACAUCGCCGCUGCAGGUACCCGCUAUCUGAAAACGCGGGUCUCCUAUUCUUUCGUAGUGACAAAGACGACGCCGCAGGAUGGAUCGAUCUAUCCAACCCCACCUCACCAAAAUUGCAAGCCCUCCUCGAGGCAUGCGACCCAGUCCUGAAAGAUAAUGAUACCCAUCCAAAAGCAUGGAAACUUGACAACCCGAACUUUUCAACCCGCUUCGACGUGCUCGACGCGGGGAUAGUGGAACAUGUACGCUCCAAGCUCGCGAAAGGUGGUUUUGUUCCUUUGGAGAGAGUUAGGGCAGAGUUGCGUGAGUUGAAUGUUCAUGGCCCCGGAUCGUUCAGCGGGCCACACGAAUACAACCCCACACCAAACACAUUUGGCGUACUCAUCGUCGUGUUCCCUACCACGCACGAAGGUGGCACCCUCCACCUUCGGCGGAAAGCCAACAAAUGGACGUUCGACUUAUUUACUCAUUCCGACACCGCCUUAAUCAAAUACAUCGCGUUCUACAAUGCCGUCGAACACGACCUAUCCCCCAUCACCUCUGGGUAUCGCGUUUCUUUAAUAUACAACUUAUACCACGACAAUCCACCUCUGCCCACUGGGCCUUUGCGCGGUGAUGGUGUCACUGAGGAGGAAGCGAAGCUCCGACAAAAACUUUCUGCUCUCAUAGAGAAUCUCGACUUCCUUCCAGACGGCGGAUACCUGGGCUUCGGCCUGCGGUACCAAUACCCUAUCAAAUCGGAGUCGAGCGACCUUGGGAGCUUGGUGGGCGCACUGAAAGGGAGCGACGCGAUAAUUAAGAGGGUGGCGGAUGAGUUGAAUAUGAAUGCACAACUCAAGCUGGUUUAUGAGGAUGAUGAUGAUGAGGAUACUUCUGAUUCCGAGGAUUAUGAGGAUGAGGAUGAGGAUGAGGAUAGAGAAGAGUUUUCUAGAACGAGGUGGCUACUCUUGGACGACGCGAACCAGUACCCCGAGUCUAUGCUUGAAGACGACGGACCGGCGAGAGUAUCCGUGGCAUCGUCCGGGGGCGUCAUUCUCUGCAAUCCAGACGAAAAGCUAAAACCAAUCAAGGACUCGCAAGGCCGCCCCGUCAAGCCUCGACAAGUUUACUGGGUUACCCCACUCACGAAGUUCUCGAGAGUGAAGAAUGCGUUUGCGACAUAUGGGAACCAAGCGAGUGUCGGGUAUACUUAUGGGGAUUUGUGUUUGAUGGUUGAGCAAAAGGGCGAGCCCCAGGGCACGUUUACAUAA